AAUUAAUAGCCUUACUGGAAUCCGGAUCAUCCAUUAACGCAUAAUUCCAUCGUAUUACGUAAAAAAGAAGAUAAAAGGGCUUGGAGAAGGAGUGUCAUUGACAUGUUAGCAUUUAACAUGGCAUUUGUUUCGUAACGGAUUGUGAAUAUUAUGGACCCAGUAUUUUAUUCAUGCUUGACCACUGUAUCUACCAGGGUGUCCAAAAAAUAUGUUAUGUCUGUUAAAUACUAUGAAGACAAUAACUCACGGAAAGAAUAACUACUUGGAGGCGCUUGGAGUGUCUUUUUUUAUAUCAUGGAUUGUCAAGCAUCUGUAACUGAUUCAUCACAAGAAGAUUUAGUACCGUGGACCAAGAAACGCAAACUUUCUGUACAAGAUGUACCAUUGCCAAAAAAUGCUUCUUAUAGGACAGUUUAUCGAUGGGCCGAACAUGGUGCUUUAAAUGUAAUAAAGACUGUGGAGAAACUAAACGUUUGUGAUGUUUCAAUUUCUCAUUCAGAUAAUGUCAGCAUUUUUUUACCAGAAACAAAUUUAAUUUCGUCUUCUUUUUCGCACAAUAACGAUGAUGUGAACACAUCUUUUGUGUCAGCUGCACAUGCUGUACAUUCUUUGACUGUAUGUGUGAAUGAUAAUCUCAACACAGAAAUGUUAGACAAUAAUCCAAUCGAAGUAUUGCCAGAAGAAAACUAUAGAAAUGAAAUUCAAAUGAUGAAUAAUUUAUGUGCUGACAUAGUAUCAGAAAAGUUAUUUCAGAACAGCAACAUAACGGUGGAUUCAGAUGGAUGUCACUUGUUAUGUUGUUAUGUAAAACAUCAGAAAACGAAUGCAUGUCUUGUAGAUGAAUUACAGAUUAUAAAAAAAAUACUACUACAGCCUAACAGAAUACCGUCAACAGUCUAUAAAUUGUUUCAAUAUGUAUUAGCUUUUGUACCUUCUUGUAAAAUUAUGGAACAUUUUUGUUGUCAUAACUGCCAAUACUAUUGUGGGAUUGAACCAAUUCUAUGUCCUGCUUGUAACAAUCAUGAACAAUUUAUUCCAUUUUACGAGUUGGACAUAAUAGAACAACUUCGAUAUAUGUUCGAGCAAAGAAAUUUGGCGGAAGUUUUGGAUACAACAGAGAUAUUGCAAUAUAGGGAUAGUAACAUCAUUACCGAUAUAACAGAUGGUUCAGAGUAUAAACGAGUUAACUCUAGACGAAGAAAAUAUGAUCUAACACUGAUAUUGAGUACUGAUGGUGCAUGUUUGAAGAAAAGUUAAAAAAGUAGUUUAUGGCCAGUCAGUUUUAUUAUUGCAGAAGUACCAAUCAAACUUCGUCGUAUGUUUAUGCUGUGCGUUUCAGUAUGGUAUGCUGAUGUAAAACCAGAAAUGAAUACCUAUUUGAUACCUGUAUGUAUGCGGCUGAGAGAUUCCUUUCACAAUGGUGGAUUUACAUGGACUCAUCCCCGAACAAAAUUAAUAUUACGAAGUAAAGUCACAGCUCCUUUAGUGGUGGCUGAUGCUCCUGCAAGGGCGAUGAUACAAAAUAUUCAUAAUUUUAAUGGAACGUAUGGCUGUAACAUUUGCGAAAUAAAAACUUGUCAAACAGAAGAAGGACUGUGACAUAUAAGAGUAUACAAAUAUCAACAUAAUGAAUGCCAUUUGCGAACACAUGAAAGAAUGAUACAAUAUGCUAAUUUGGCUGAAGAAUCUCAUUGUGUUGUGAAAGGUGUGAAAGGUAGAACGAUUGCACAGAUAUUACCUGGUGCUGAUCUCGGUACAUUACUGAUUCCAGAAAUUUUGCAUUCUGUUGCUUUAGUAGUAGUGAAGCAAAUGAUUACUUUGUGAUUAGAGAAACCUGGUGACUGGAAUAUUAAAGUUUACCUUACAGACAUCGAUAUAUUCCUUAUGCAAAUAAAACCUCCAGAUACAUUGAAUCGUCUUCCACGACGUUUAUCUUUGAGCAAAUUUUGGAAAGGUUAUGAAUACUUCUAUUGGGCUUUAUUUUAUUCCAUUUUCGCUAUAAAACCAUUUUUGCCUUUAAAAUAUGUACAACAUUGGAUUCUUUUUGUCAUUGCAAUUCAUAUAUUGUUACAAAAUAGGAUUUGUAUUCAUCCUGAUUUAGAAAAAGCAGAAUAUUUGCUUCAAAAAUUUGUUGAACAGUUUCAGAACCUUUAUGGUGAACGAGAACUUACAUACAACAUUCAUCAAAUGCUUCAUCUAGGUUUAAGUACCAGACGGUGGAGCCCGUUGUCUGCUAAUAGUGCUUUUCACUUUGAAAAUUUUAUAGGAACUCUGUCUGGAAUGGUUCAUGGAUCAAAACAUGUUGGUAAAGAAUUAACUACUAAUAUUAAGAUUUCUCAGGGAAUACAAGUUCUACAAAAUAGAAUCGACAUACAUGAUUCAUUCAAGAUUUUUGAGGAUAAAGCUUUAGGGAAAAGUGUAAAUGUCACGUUUACAGCAGAAGAAAGAAACCUCCUAGCAAGUAAAGGUAUAUUAGCAGACAAUGUAACAGUUUAUUCGAGAGCUCGUAUUAAAGGUGAAAUAUUUACGUCACAAUACUAUAAAUCAAUUAAAACAGCGAUCUACAUAAUAAAGUGUAUAAUGCCGGAUAAUUCAGUUCUUUACGGAUCUAUUCGAUAUUUUGCCAAUCACUUAACAACUAUUUUUUGUAUCAUUGAUCCAUACUCAAUAAAUCAUGCUAAAAUUUUGUUCCACAAAGAAACUCGUGACAAACUUAAUCAUAUUAUUCCCAUAAAAGAUGAAGGUUCACCAUUAAUAUUGCGUACCACAGAUUUACGUCAUGUAAGCAAAGUUCUACAAAUCAAUGAUUACAUUUGUAUAAUUUCUGAAUCAUUGAGGAAAAAUAUGUUGUAACUUUACUCUUGAUAGGCAAUUUAUCUUUUGUAUUUGGUACUCUCAUUUGAUCCUGGUAUAAGAAUUUUGGAGUGUCAAUUAUUCUGUUUUAUGUGUUAAGCUACAUAAUUUAUAUUAUGUGAUUUGCAUUUAUAAUAUAAUAAGCGUGCAAAUCUGUAACAAUACGUAAUAAUAUUAUGCAAUGUUUUAUUGUAUAUAUUUAUACAUGAUAAUUUUUGCGUGAUGUAUGUAAGCCUGCACUUAUCAUAAAGCAUAAUAAAGUUUUAUUUCUUUAUUA